AUGUAAAUCUUAGAAAAUUCGGAUUCAAUAGUUAGUGAUGAUCAAUCUUUAGAAUUAGAUUGUAGAAUUAUAGUACCAAAGUUUAAGAAAGAGGAAUAUGAUACUUUUUAAACUGAGACCUAUACUUCUGUGAUUUCUAGAGUGAUGCAAAUGAGAUCAAAUUCAUAAGAAUUCAGAUUUAAGCAGCCUAAUUAAUUUAGCCCUUAAGGUUCUCUAAAUUGCACUUAAAAACAAAUAUAAUGCUCAUUACUCAAUGAGGAUGAGUAUUCAAAUAAACUUAAAGUCAAGUUACACAUUUAACCUGAAUAGGUUAAAAGAAAUACACAUAAAAUGAAAAAGAAAGACAAAGCUCCUUAAAGUCCUGCUAGUUCAGUAGAUCGUAAUAAUGAUUCUCAGACACCAAAAAAAUAAAAUUAGAAUACAAUUAGAAUGUUAAACCAAUAAAUUUAACCUAACUAGAAGCAUACUAUAAUUAGAUAAAAUAAAAGAUAAUUAAGCUAAACCUUUAAAAGUUGUUCUGUUGAAGCAUCCCCACUUAAAAUCACCAGAUUUUCAUAAAGAUAAAUUUAUGUAACAUAAUUGGUCAAUAAUUAUGAAGAAGCUUUAUAAGAAAAAUUAAGUCUUGUAUAAUUAGAAAACAAUGAAAAACUAAAUAAAGGAACUUUAAGUCCAUAUAUGAGUAAAGCAAAAACAUUAAAGAAUAUUGUUCCUACAACUUAAUUAAAAGGUAUUCUUAAAAGUAAAUCCUGUAAUAGUGAGGGAGGUAAAAGAAGCAAAAAUUCAUCUUAAGAAUCACAAAAUAAAAAAUCAUGUUUUUUUAAAAAGGUUACGUUUAAUUCAAGUAAAUUAUCUAAAAAUAUAUCAUUAACCAAUAAGAAAGAUGUACUUCAUUAGCAUUUAAUAAUAAUAUAAUGA